AUGAACAAGACCGAAGAAGAAGUGGUGGACAUUAUUGAGGACGUGGUGACUUACUAUAGAGAUUGGCAAGAUGGGGAGAGAGACUCUUCAAGCAAGCAAUCUUCAUUGUUCUCGGUGGACCAUCUAAAUGCGAUCAGCAACCUUUCCUCCCAAAUGACAAACUUGGGAAAGGAGAUGACCGCAAUCAAAGCCAAGUUGGAGAGCACUUCUUCUUCUUCCCAAGCUUCGAAUAUUUCCUCCCAAUUUAAGGGGAGAGGUACUCCUUCUAACUCUCAACCCCCUCCCUCUUCACAUAAUAUGCCUAUGGGUUGUUUGUUUUGUGAUGCAUGUGGAUCGUAUGAUCAUGACUCUAGUAAUUGUCCUAAUGAAUGUGUUGAUGAGUUUGAUAACAAUGAGAGUGAGCAUGUGAAUUAUGUGUCAAAUAAUAAUGCUCAAAGGUUUGAUAAUAAAAGAGGUCAAUGGAAUAGGAAUUACCAAAACCAAGGCAAUUUUGACAACUAUAAUCAAGGUGGUGGUUAUAGAAACCAAGGGAACCAAGGUUCUCGUGGUAGCUAUAAUAACCAAGGUUAUAGUGGCCAAAAUCAAAGCCAAAAUUAUGGGGUACUUGGAACAACCAAGGGAAGGGCAAUUUUCAAAAUAAUGCUCAAAGAGGUCCCCCACCCGGAUUUGUUCCAAGGACUCAAGGAGAAAAUUCCUAUUCAACCUUCUUCACCUAGGACCAAUUUGGAAGAAAUAAUUGAGAAUCAAACCAAGUUGUUGAACACAUACAUGGCCGUUAGUGAUAAGAAGUUCAAUGAAAUGAUGACCCACAAUAAAAUGCUUGAAAACCAAAUUUCUCAACUUGCUAAUGCUUUGAAAGAUCAUGCAAGCCUUUCUUCUUUACCUUCCCAAGGUCUUGAUCCCAAGAAACACGUGAAUGCUAUUGUUACAAGGAGUGGUAAGGUUCUUGAGGAGAGAUUACCUAGGAAGGGUGAGGAUAAGGAGAUUCCUAAGGAAGCCUUGGUUGAGAAUGAGGGGGAUAGGGCAUCAUUGGAUGAGGUUGUGGUUGAGACACCUAGAGAGGACAUUUUGAGUGGGAAAAGGACUUGUGAGGUUGUGGAGACUAUCAACUUGACCGAAAGUUGUAGUGCUAUCAUCAUGAACAGAAUGUCACCCAAAUUGAAAGACCCCGGAAACUUCUCCAUUCCUUGUGCCAUUAACAAGAUUCAAAUUGAUAAUGCCUUAUGUGAUUUGGGAGCUAGUGUGAGCAUAAUGCCAUAUUCGGUUUAUCAAAGGCUUGAACUAGGGGAACUCUUACCUUCUAACAUUACCUUGCAAUUAGCCGAUAGGUCAAUCAAGUUUCCAAAAGGUAAGGUAGAAGAUGUUCCAUUGAGGGUUGGGAAGUUUCUAUUCCCGGUGGAUUUUAUUGUGCUUGAAAUGGAUGAAGAUGCUACCAUUCCAAUCAUUUUAGGUAGACCCUUUCUUGCUACCUCGGGUGCUAUGAUUGAUGUGAGGAGUGCAAAGAUUUCCCUUAAGGUAGGAGAUGAGCACUUGCUCACCUCUAACGAUGCUCUUGAGAAUGUUUUGUUGAACAAGGACAAAGUAGGUACACCAUGCAAGGAAGUGGCAUUCUAUGAACAAUUGCGUAAUGGAAGCAUGAAGGAAGUGGAUGAGCAAAUGUGCUUGAAAAUCUCAAGCCAAGAAGCUUUGCAAGAGGCCACAUCAAAGGAAGGUAAUGGCGUGCCUAUGGUAGAGCUCAAACCUCUACCAUCACACCUUAGGUAUGAGUUCUUGGGCCCUCAUUCCACUUACCCCGUGAUAGUUAGUGCAUCCUUGAGCGUGAGCCAAGCUCAAGCGUUAUGUGGUGUUUUGAGAAAGCACCAAGGUGCUUUGGGGUACACAAUUGAUGAUCUUAAAGGUAUAAGCCCCGCCUUGUGCCAACACCACAUAACACUUGAGGAAGGCGCCCUUCCUUCUAUCGAACGACAAAGAAAACUACAUCCCCAAAUGGGAGAGGUAGUUAAGAAGGAGAUCACCAAGCUAUUGGAUGCGGGAAUCAUAUUCCCCAUCUCUAGCUCAAGAGGCAUUGAGGUGGAUAAGGCAAAAAUAGAAGUGAUUGAGAAACUUCCACCUCCGGUGAAUGUCAAGGGUGUGAGAUCGUUCCUUGGUCAUGCGGGUUUCUAUAGAAGAUUCAUCAAGGAUUUUUCACUUAUUGCUAAGCCCCUAAAUGACAUUCUUCAAAAGGAUGAUGAGUUCAUUUUUGAUGACAAAUGCUUAAAGGCAUUUGAUAGAUUGAACAAGGCCCUAAUCUCCACUCCUAUUGUUCAAGCCCCAAGGUGGGGUCUUCCUUUUGAAUUGAUGUGUUAUGCAAGUGAUUGGGCUAUUGGAGGUGUUUUAGGACAACGUGUAGACAAGAAGCUUCAUGUGAUUUACUAUAUGUCCAAGACACUCAAUAGGGCUCAAAAGAACUACACAACAACGGAAAAGGAAUUUUUAGCAAUUGUGCACUCUUUUGAGAAAUUCUGUUGUUACUUGUUGGGUUCCAAGACCAUAGUCUUCACGGAUCACGCGGCCCUCAAGUAUCUAUUUUCUAAGAAAGAGUCCAAGCCUAGGUUGAUUCGAUGGGUGCUUGAAUUACAAAAUUUUGAGAUUGAUAUUAGGGACAAGAAGGGUGCGAAGAAUGUUGUGGCGGACCAUCUUUCUCGCCUUGAGGGUGAUCAAAUUCAUGAUGAUGGUUCACCUAUUGAGGAUAAAAUGCUUGAUGACUUCUUAUAUUCCAUAGAGGUGAAGGAACUCCCAUGGUAUGCCGACUUGGUGAAUUUUCUAGCAUUUGGGGAGUUUCCACCCUCUUUCUCAAAGAACCAAAGGAAGAAAAUCAAAAGGGAAGCAAGACAUUACUUGUGGGAUGAUCCCAUCCUAUACAAACGAGGGGUUGAUGGCUUAAUUAGGCGUUGUGUUCCAAUUGAAGAGGUGCCUAGUGUUUUAAGGAUGUGCCACUCGGACCCUAGUGGUGGGCAUAUGGGUGUUUCCAAGACCGCUACCAAGGUUCUUCAAUGUGGUUUGUGGUGGCCGCAUCUCUUCAAGGACUCAUGGGGCUUUGUGAAGUCAUGCGACCGAUGUCAAAGGGUUGGGAAUAUCUCCAAGAGGAAUGAGAUGCCUCAACAACCCAUUCUUGAGUUUGGCGUGCCUAAGGCUGUGAUAAGCGAUAACGGAUCUCAUUUUGUUCACAACGCCUUCCAAAAGAUGUUAAGGAAACAUGGAGUGCAUCAACGGUUCGACCUUCCAUAUCAUCCUCAAUCGAGUGGCCAAGUCGAGGUCUCCAAUCGUCAAAUAAAGCUCAUUCUUGAGAAGACGGUUGCAAGGAAUAGAAAGGAUUGGUCGAACAAGUUAGAUGAUGCUCUUUGGGCUUAUAGGACGACUUUUAAGACACCUAUUGGUACCACUCCAUAUCGCCUUGUCUAUGGAAAAUCAUGCCAUCUCCCGGUAGAGCUUGAACAUCGUGCCUUAUGGGCCAUCAAGAAGAUAAAUUUUGACUUAGCUAGUGCGGGGGAGAAGAGGUGGUUGGAUCUUCAUGAGCUAGAGGAACUUCGACUUGAUGCUUACGAUUGUGCUAGCACCUACAAGGCUCGCUCCAAGGAGAUUCAUGACAAGUACCUUGUAGUUUGUGGUGGUUUUGUUGGAUUUGUAAGGAGGUUUGUGAGUAAUUUUUGGUGGAAGUUGUUUUGUUUGAGGGAGUUUGUUGUGUUCUUGUGA